UCCGCUGCAUUCAUUCAUUCUAGUGAAAACUCUUGUUGGAUUCGGAUGAUUUUUUUACGGUUUUUGGUGAAUCUUUUCUUAAUUUUACUGUUAAGGUGAUUUUUAAAAAAGUCGAAUUGUUUUAGCGUUGCAAUAGUGUCUUGUGAUACAAUUAACUCCGUUCUCUCGGACAUAUCUGAUUACUUCUUCUCAGUACGUUAGCAACAACAUGAGCGAAUGGGAAGAAAAUGAGGAAGCCGGAAAGUCCUUCGGCCACACAAAUUAUGGUGAAGGGGAUGAUAAUCAGCAAGAUAGUGGUUAUUCGGAAAAUAGGCGAGGUGGUUUUAGAGGGCGGGGAGGGCGUGGAGGACGAGGAGGUCGUGGCGGACGGGGUGGUCGAGAUGGUGAUGGUGGCGGCGGUGGUCGAAAUUACGAAAACAAUGAUAGGCGGAACUACGAAAACGGUAACAGACGGAAUUAUGAAAAUGGUGACUCAAAUGGCAACGGCGAUGAAAACGGAAACGAAGGCUAUGGAGGCGACCGAGGAAGCUUCAGGGGCCGUGGUCGCGGUGGACGAGGAGGACGCGGUGGUCGCGGUGGAGGUCGCGAUUACGGCGGAGAUGAUAACGGUGAAGAUGGCGGAUUUAACCGCAGAGGAGGUGAUAGAGGAAAUCGUUUUCGUGAUACAGAAGAUGGCAAUAAUUAUGAAAACGGAGGCGAUGAAAAUGUAAAGACUGAGAAAGCCAGGGAGUUGUACAUUCCACCGGCACCCACUGAGGAUGAGAAUGAAAUAUUCGGAUCGGGGAUUAGCUCAGGAAUAAAUUUUGACAAGUUUGACGAUAUCAGAGUGAACGUAACUGGGGAGAACCCACCUGAUCCAAUCAUCUCGUUUGACAAAUCCGGGCUACGUGAAUAUCUUUUGAAUAAUGUACGCAGAUCAAAUUAUACUAAGCCAACACCAAUUCAAAAAUAUGCCAUUCCGAUUAUCAUGGACCAACGCGAUUUGAUGGCCUGUGCUCAGACUGGUUCUGGUAAAACGGCUGCUUUUCUACUCCCAAUAAUUAACACGCUUCUGAAUAACAACGAUGACAUGAAACCGGGAAAUCCGUUUGUGGUAAUCAUCGUCCCAACCCGUGAAUUGGCGUUACAAAUUUUCCAAGAAGCACGAAAAUUUGCUUUGGGAACGAUUCUCAAGGUGUGCGUUGCUUAUGGGGGUACUGCGACUCGUCAUCAGAUGGACAAUUUGAACAACGGCUGCCACAUCCUAGUUGCGACACCAGGUCGUUUGCUGGAUUUCGUCGAUAAACAAGCGAUCAGUUUUGAUAGAGUCAAAUUCGUCGUACUCGACGAGGCAGAUCGCAUGUUGGACAUGGGAUUUAUGCCAUCGGUGGAGAAAGUGAUGAACCAUGAAACAAUGCAGCCGAAAAACUCUCGUCAGACUUUGAUGUUUUCUGCAACAUUUCCGCCGGAAAUUCAAGAACUUGCUGGCCAGUUUUUGAGCAAUUACAUUUUCGUUGCCGUUGGAAUUGUUGGCGGGGCCAGUACCGAUGUGGAGCAAUCUAUCUAUCAGGUUGCAAAGUUCCAAAAACGUAAAAAGCUCGAAGAAAUUCUCGAAUCCGGUGACCCAAAAGGCACGUUAGUCUUUGUUGAAACUAAACGCAAUGCUGAUUAUCUGGCAUCUCUGCUGUCUGAAACAAAAUUUCCUACCACAUCAAUACACGGUGAUCGGCUACAACGCGAGCGAGAGGAAGCUCUGCGGGAUUUCAAGAGUGGACAAAUGUAUAUAUUGAUCGCCACUUCGGUUGCUGCUCGCGGUUUAGACAUCAAAAACGUCUCACAUGUCAUUAAUUAUGACCUGCCCAAGAGUAUCGACGAUUAUGUUCACCGUAUUGGACGGACUGGGCGUGUUGGAAAUAAAGGGCGAGCAACCAGCUUCUACGAUCCUGAGAAUGAUGCGGCUAUCGGAGCAGAUUUGGUGAAAAUUUUGACACAGGCAGAACAGAAUGUUCCCGACUUCUUGCAAGGCUUGUCAAGUGACGGAGGUUCAUUCGGUGGUGCAAGUCAAUUCGGCGCCCGAGAUAUCCGUAAUCGGGACACCGAGGGAUCACGUUUCGACGCACAGCCUAAACAGCUAGAACCUGAGGAGGAAUGGGGUUAAAUAUCACAAGAGUGACAAUAAUAUUAACAAAUGAUAAAAUGCAAAGCACGUUAUUUUUUACGCAACUUGAACUCUGAAUUUGCGAAUGAGUAUUUUUUGUUCUACAUACAUUUUGAAGAAUGUAACUUUUUUUUGAUUAGGUAGGUCAGGAAAAUUUCAUGGAAAUAUGACCAUAAACGUACAAUAAUGA